UCUCAAUAAGACUCAAUAUUAUAGAAAGGGGAAAAGGAACAUAGGAAUGAAUAUAUUGAGUUCUAAAGGUGGGCAAAAUCCAAUGGAAGUUAGUUACUAUACACCAGUGGUUCUUAACCUGUGGGCUGUGGACCACCAGUGGGCUGUGAGGAUGAAAAUCUGAUCUGCGAGCCUCCUUCCUCUUUAUUUUUUAAUUUAAUUUAAUUCCACUCCUUUCAUGCCACCUGCUACUACUUCCCUGUCACUGACCAUGGCAUAUGUUCUGUGUCAGAAACUAGAGCUGAUGUGGUCUAUCCAAUGCAAUUUUCUCAAUCAGUACCCAAAACCAAAUCUAAAGUUGAAAAAAAUGUUUCUUAACCGUUUUGGUACUAAUGUUGAAGAGUGGUUCCUGAUCAAUUAGUCCUUGGUCAAGUGGUUCCUGGUCAGAGUAGUCCCUGGUCAAAUGGUCCCUGGUCACAAAAAAGGUUGGGAACCACUGCUAUAGAUCUAUCUCCCUGCUUAACAACAAUUAUAAAUGCUUACACCAUUGAUAGUAUUGCAAGACUGAUUAUACCAAAAUGGUAUUCUAUCCAAAUGACAGACGAUAACAACAAAAGACAAGUACUAACAUAACCCCCUUUCUGUUGUCCUUCUGAAAGAUUUUUUGACUCGGACUGGUGGUAAUGUUUAUUAAAAAGAAAGCAAAGAUGACAUUCUGGUUAGAGGUGAUACGAAGGUGAUAAGGAAGUGGCAGUCUGUCCAAGCCAGUUGCUUCAGGGUGUCAAAUGUUUUGGUUUUCAGAGGGAUUUCCAUGACUCUAUUAAGUAGGUGCCUCUCAGCCUGUGUCUUGUUUACUUACGGGUGCCUUUACGUGGGAGAAUAGCAGGUGGCUAAUCCUCCCCCUUCCACCACCCUCUUUAAAGUGUUGAAGUUCUUCUGUUACAGCUCUCCCCAUAUCUCUGAAGUGGUUUCCAGCAUGGCAGGUCUGAACGUCUCAAUUGCCUUUUUCUUCUUUACUUUAGGCCUUUGUGAGGCGCUCAGGAAACUCUCCAAGAGAAUCUUCCCACCUUGGAUGUACACUUGCCUUGUGGCCGAAAUCCUGAGCUCCUUCCAGAUGUGCGCUUGCUGCCUGGAGUUAAAAAUGCUGAGGGAGAUCGGGCCGUGGGGUGGUGGCUUUGGUCCUGAUGUCAACCUAACACUCCUUUUUCUUCUCUUCUUGGUUCAUGGUGCCUCUUUUGACGGAGCUUCUGCCAACCCUUCUGUCUCAGUUCAAGAAUAUCUGGCUUUGGAUUCUUCUUUUGGCGCUACUGUCACCAAAGUCUUGGCCCAGUUUUUGGGCAUGGAAGCAGCCAGUAUUUUUACCAAACAAUAUUGGUCAAAGGAACUUACAGAAUUCCACAUGAUUCAGAAUUUAAUAGCUCGGAGUUGCAGUUCAUCUCUAGGCACCUCUGCCUCCCAUGGCAUCUUUGUGGAAGCCAUGUGCUCAUUUUUUUUCCAUCUAGUGAUUCUCAGGUUCCAGAAGAGCUCUUCCAUGUACAGAAUCCCCAUCGUGGCACUUACUGUUACAGCCUUGACCUAUGCAGCUGCACCUUUCACCGAGGCAUUUUUCAAUCCUGCAUUAGCUUUUGCAGUGACCUUUUCCUGCUCUGGGAACAGCUUCAUGGAAUACAUGCAAGUUUAUUGGCUGGCACCCAUCACAGGGAUGCUGAUAGCAUUCUUCAUGUAUCAGGGGAACAUCCCACGAGUCUUCCAGAAAAACCUGCUUUACAAUCAGAAGAACAAAUACCGGAUACCUAAGGGGAAAGUUAAUCCCAGUGCAUACACCGAUAUCAAUGAGAAAUGGAGAAGAGCAGAGAAAACAAUCAGCUGCUCAGGACCAACGGAAAGAACAGAGUGAAAGAGUUUGGCACAGAUGGAUGUGGGAUUGUGUGUCUUUCUGCCUUUGUAGGAGACCUUUGUGAUUUUUAUGGCUUUCUGAAGUCAGGUGCAGAACAUUUUCACUGGAAAUGGAUAAAGGACAACUGUUUUGUGUGAUGUAAUGAAAAGUGUAUGUAAGACUGGGACCGGGGAGAUUUGGGUUCAACUCCUAUCUCAACUAUGAAACUCAUUUGAUUGAUUUGAGGCUAAUGAUAUGCUUAGCAUAGCCUACCUCACAGGGUUGUUGUGAAGAUAAAGCAGGCAGAAGGCGUCUCAUGUAUAACACUUUCAGCUCCUUGGAGAAAAAAAACAGGAUAUAAACAAAAUAAGUAAAAUGUGCAUUUACAUCUCGUGGUGUACUGAAUUUGAUUGGACUUUAUUGUGAGGGCUUGUCAAAAUCAUGGUAUUAGGAUGACUUCUUCAUGGAUGGAAUAUUUAGUAUAUAUUUCAUGUCAUGGUAUGCUUUUAAAUAUACCGCUUAUAACAUACACUACACACUCCGUCCCAAGGAAGUGAAACAUUUGAUACAGUUACAAAUAAAUGGAAAA